UCCUAGUUCAGAUUGUCAAGGAUUUGGUGUUAGUACAUUUUGAAAAACGACUUCUCCACAGAAGGGAAAUUAAUGGAUUAAACUAAGACACGACACAUGUCCGGAAAGGGGGAGAUCAUCCAGAUCCACAUUGGCCAGGCCGGUGUGCAGAUAGCCAACGCUUGUUGGGAGCUCUUCUGCCUGGAGCACGGCAUUCUGGCCAAUGGAAGAGUAACCCAGUCGCCCGUGGACGACUCAUUCCUCACGUUCUUUGAGUUCACCGGCCAUCAGCCGUGCGUGCAGCCUCGACUUGUUAUGGUCGACACGGAGCCCACAGUUAUAGAUGAAAUCCGUACCGGCUCCUACCGCAACCUCUUUCAUCCGGAUACUUUGAUCACGGGCAAGGAUGACAGUGGCAGUAACUUCGCCAGGGGCUACAACCUGAUGGCCAGCGAGCUGUUGGAUCGCGCCAUGAAUGCCAUUCGUCGCGUGGCAGAUCGCUGCAGAAAUCUCAGGGGAUUCCUAGUCUUUCGAGCAAUCGGCGGAGGUUCUGGUUCCGGGCUAGGCACUCGCAUCAUGGAGAGCCUGGUUGAGGACUUUGGCAAGAAGAUGACUGUUGUGGAGUUCCUCGUGUAUCCCUCUCCUUCAAUCUCUCCGGUUAUUGUGGAGCCCUACAACGCACUGCUGGCUGCCCACUUCUCCAUGGACUGCGCCGAUGUAUCGUUCAUUGUGGACAACGAAGCCCUGUACGACAUAUGUGCCAAUACACUAAAUGUCCCUGCUCCCACAUAUACAAACCUGAAUAGGAUCAUCGCACAAGUGGUGUCAAGCUUUACAGCCUCGCAGCGAUUUGGCGGCGGAUCGACCGUGAGUUUCCAGGAGCUGCAGACGAACCUGGUGCCAUAUCCGCGAAUCCACUAUCCGCUGAUCAACUACGCACCACUGGUUCCCAUUUCGCACUCGCAGUUCGUCAACAUGUCGACGGCCCAGCUCACGGGUCAGUGCUUCCAGAUGAGCAACCAAAUGGUCAGGUGCAAUCCCUCGCAUGGCAAGUACAUGGCCAGUGUGCUGCUCUACCGCGGUGACAUCGCCCCCAAUGAGAUCAAUAUGGCGCUGGAGAACAUCAAGCGGAGCAGGUCUUUCAGAUUCGUCGACUGGUCGCCCACGGGCUUUAAGAUCGGCGUGAGCCCCGUGCCGCCGUAUUAUGUUCCUGGCGGCGAUCUGGCGCCCACCAAUCGCGCCUGCGUGGCCAUCUCGAACAACACGAACAUCCGGAUCGCCUGGUGCCGCCUGGUCAACAAGUUCGACAAGCUCUACCAGCGGCGGGCCUUCGUCUACCACUAUGUAGGCGAAGGACUCGAGGAGGGCAACUUCAACGAGGCCUCCGAGAACAUCUGCCAGCUGGUGCACGAUUAUCUGGAGGUGGAUGCGUCGGCUCCCACCUCGCGACGAGAUUCCGAUCCGGAGGAAGGGUCGCCCAACUGACUGUGCCCUGUAUGCGCCCCCUUCGUCUAUAUUUUUUAAUGAGCUGCAUUUUAAUAAAUUCGAUGUAUUUUAUA